AUCAGGCUGUUGCACAUGCGCGAAAAACUUGCAGUCAUCCCGGGGAUGUAAAUUGAACAGAAACUGCCGCGAAAGUGAACUUUCGGUAUUUAUUCGAUACUUUUUUUAUACCGAAAAUUCAAAUUUCGGGAUAUGACAUGUGCGCACUUUCAACCAUAGCGAUAAGUACGUGGAAACAACUUGCCAGCCUACGACCACGAAGACGAGCAAUUGAUUCGUGUUUGAGGAAAAUGGCGAGCGAGGUUGAGAAGGCGCAACGUGCUACCGCCACUCUCGGCGGUGACACGAUCUUUGGAAAAAUACUGCGAAAGGAAAUACCUUGCAAAUUUAUCUACGAAGAUGAUCAGUGCGUUGCGUUCCACGAUGUCAACCCGCAAGCUCCGGUCCACUUUUUAGUAAUCCCCAGAAAACCAAUAGCACUGCUGUCUCUUGCCGAGGAGACCGAUAAACCACUCCUAGGUCAUUUGAUGUUCGUUGCGCAGACCGUUGCUAGUCAGCAAGGCUUGGGCAACGGUUUCCGCUUGGUGGUCAACAAUGGGAAAGAUGGAGCUCAAUCCGUCUACCACUUGCAUAUCCAUGUACUUGGUGGCAGGCAAAUGGAAUGGCCUCCGGGUUAAACACCUUUAUGUCAUCGAUUCGUGAUACCGAAAGCGUUCGGCACUUUUGGUAUAUGGCAAAGAUAAAGCUUAUAAAAUUCUGUGGUAUAAACUUUUGGAAAUAAAGAGUUAAUCAAUUCAUUGUA